AUGUACAAUAUGAGGUACAUAAACUUUCAAUACGUAGCUCAAACACUUAUACACACACAAUUACACCAUGAGUUGUUGUUGUUGUAUAAACUUAAUGUUGUUGGUUAUCAUCACACUAUGCUACCAACCAUUACAAGAGGGAUCCAGAGUAAAGUUAAACAUUUCCUUGUGAUACAUCAUUUCAGGGAUAGGUGGGUGAGGGAAUACUUCCAUUGUUUACAUGUUUCAAAUAAAUAUUCCGGUUGUUCUUUCUUUCUUUCUUUCUUUCUUGCUCUAGUCUAUAUUUGUUUAUUAUUGUGUAAUGCAAUUCCAUGCACAACAGCCAUACACACAGAUGGGAGAAGAGGAAUAAGAAUAAGUAGAUUAGGAAGAAUAAGAAGAAUAAUACUGCAAAAGCAAGAGAUGAUAAAAAUAAAAAUUAUAAAAUAA